GAACGGCGCCGUCAGUGAUCAGGAAACGGGAUGUAGCAUUAUCAGAGUGAUAGUAGCCAUGGAAACAGCUGCGACCAUGCAGCGCGGACAGCGCUUCGAAGUUGCCGCAGUACCAUCAGAACCACGUUUGCCAGUCGACGUAUGUGCUGUUCGCCAUGGCUUCCCAAGGCCAACGGUAUACGCUGUGCGGUUUUGCUCAGGAACUGGACUGGAGACCUUUACACUUCGUCGAGCCUGUUCCGGCCCACAGAAUAUGCAACGCGUGUGGCGUAAUCCCCAGUAUUACUGCCUUUCUCCCGUGCAAACACGUGCUGUGCCGCAGCUGUUACGGGCACUGCUUGCUCGACGAUGAAGUACACGCCUGUCCGCUCGACGGUGACCACUUUGCAGAAGAAGACGCUGAAUGGAUACACUUUCCUUUGGAGAACUUGCUCAGGCGCAAGGUAAAAUGCUGGAAUGCAGAACAUGGCUGCGCCAAGGUUUUGGCUGCAUCAGAGCAAAUCAAGCAUUUUUGCGAAGACUGUGACCACCACUCUUUGUCCUGUCCCGAAUGUUCAAAGGUCGUGCUACGUAGAGAUGUGUGCGCGCAUCUACAGAGCAAAUGCAAAGAUUACGCGAUGUCUACGACGCCCGGUUCUUCGCAAACCAUCCACAGUUACAGCCAGGAAAUGAUGACAGCUGUGAAUGCAAGCAUGGACGCGCACGUAGGUGAAAUGAAAGACAGGCUAGACCAAGUUAUUAGAGAUAAUAACGGUCAUAGUGACCGCCUCGACGAGAUUUUACAUUGCGUGAACACGAUGACAGAAAUGCUGCUAGAGGUAUCAAGUAGAACACUUGAGAACGUUGCGUCACAAACAGCAGCUAGCAUAUCCUGCGCCAAAGCAAUACAGGAAGCUUUGAUUGAGCACGGUGAAAAGUUGCAGGAGCUUGCACAAAGCACAAACAAUUCAAAUGAAGCACAGAUGAAAGCUUUAGAAGACACGAAUCGAGCUUUAGAACACCUAAAAGAAAAUACGGGAAACACGCUGCAAGCCGAAUUACGGGAACGUUGGCUGGCUGACACCACUGCACUCAAGAAAGUUUCAGACAACGUCGGUACGCUGGCGGAGACCUUCGGAAAACUGUUGCAGGAUUCCACGAACACAAUCUGUACAAAUCUGGCACAAAGUAAUGCUAGGAUUGGCGAAGCAAAGGACCGUGCGGAACGAACUGUAUUGUGUGCAACAAAACAAAAAGAACUGGCCCUAAACACUCUCAAUAUUAGGCGACACGAGUUUUUUGUGAAAGAACUGAAAGCAAUCGAAAAAAGCGCACAUGCAGAAGGCUUUCAUACUUACAAAUGUGAAAACAUAUACAUGUCUGGCUAUCACUUGUCCCCAGGAGUUGAACUAAAGAAAGUGGGGAAGCAUCUAUACCUGCACGCUAUCUUCCAGCUACACAAGGGAGUGAUUGAUGAAUAUCUUCAGUGGCCCUUCAAUGAGAAAAUUCAGUUGACUAUCAAACAUCCAUCGAGAGACAGGCAGCGCCAGUUGUCAUAUAAAGUGGCAGAUUCGCUCAAGUGGUAUGGAAGACCCGAAGAAUCAAGUAACGAAGCAGUGCGUUUCAGCCUCAUUUCAUUCCGCUUGGAUGACCUGAUGAAUGAAGGAUAUGUCACGGACGACAGCCUUCAUAUACUGGGGGAGCUUGUUCCAAAAGUCUUAGAGAAAUAGCAAUGACGGGCGCUUUAAUUAUUUUCUCAAACAGUUAAGCUGUUGAAACUGUUAUGAAUGCAUAUCACUCUUCCAUGUAGCUGUGUUGAAAAUAAAAGCUUGCUUCGUAGCUGUAUAUGAUACCUCUUUUAUAUCUCUAAAUAAAAUUGACGUCUCGUUGCCAGUAAUUGCUGGCUAUGAAGUA